AUGAUGAAUUCCCUUAUAAGUAGUUACAUUUGCCUAUUCUUCCUCUUGGUAUCGACGACAACUGCGUUGAGUGGUUUGGAUAAAGAAGUCAUGGGGCGCCGCCAAGCUCUCUUGAGUACAGCCGCUGGAGCCUUGGUCAUUCCACUAAAUGCUUUCGCAGAUGUCGUCGAAGAUGGUAAAUACGAGUUCCGGGACCGCAAAUCCAACAAGAAUGCACUGGUUCGAGAAGAUUACUAUUACAUGAUGGGUAAAACUCCUCCACGUGCCCUUCAAAAUGCGCUGCGGAUUGACGAUCCUAGCUUUAAUAGCUUUGGUAGCUGUCAGACCCAGGCCGAUGGAUCGGCGAGCAAUUCGUGUACUUAUGUGUCGUUGAAACAGCGGAUUCCAGCUUAUAGCAAGUACGCGUACAAUAUCGGUUUGGGUGCCAAGGAAUUUGUCAUGUUGAAGGGUGUAUUGCAAGAAUGCAAAACCAAUCCUGGUGCUUGGUCACAGGCAGCGACCUUUGUCGAGACAUUACCAUCCACACCACCUCCUCCUCCGGUUGAUGCCUUGUUGAAAAUGGUCUUGUUUGCCUCAAGCGUGUUGACCUCACCGAACUAUUCAGGACCUUCGAAAGAGUUGCUGGUGGCGCGGUUUUACGUCAACGAGGCCAGUUUUGCCACGGAAGAGAUUGCCGCCGCAAUUGAAGCCAAGGAUGCCAAGCGAGCGCUUGCAGCGUGGGAGUUUGGAAAAGAUUCUUGGAAUAGCUACUUUCAAAUUGUCAAUGACAAGAUAUCGCCCAAGAUGGGCGACAAGUUUGAUCUUAUCGCAUAA